AUGUCUCUAGCCAGGGCGUUUACGACCCGCCGGGCCAAGGUCUUCGGGGGUGGCGAUGGAGAGGGCAAGCCCGCCAGGAGCCACACCGUCAAGACUUCUCUCAGUGGUCCCAUUCGAAGCAAGAUCUCGGGGCCGGUCGAGCUGAUUCACACAACGAACAUGCUCUCCUACAACGCCCCCGAUAUUCAGAAGGAACCAAAGACUGCCACAUCGACGACGUCGUCCUCUUCACUCCGCUCUGACGGCAGCUCUGAUCAUUUCGCGACCGGUGCUUCCUCACCUCUCACUAGCCCAGACUCGCCCUUCCCUCCCGACGACAAAGACGCCAAACCAGCCUCUGCCGCCGAGCCGAACCACCUUUCAUGCUACUUCACCCUGCCUGGCCAGUCUUCCGUGCCCACGCCAGAGGUCCCGGCCAUUCCAAAGCGAUCGCCCUCGCACACAAAGAGGUCUUAUGAGCCUUUGGCUCGGAAGCCGUCUGUCUCGAGGCUCGCAGAGUCAAAAUCCCAUGAGCCCCUCGGCCGCAAGCCCUCAGUCUCGAGGCUGUCAGAGCAGUCCAGUCGCACCGUCUCUAGCAAGGCCAGCUUCAGCUUUUCCCGGUCGUCGUCCACCUCGACUAGCACUACGGCUAGCAGCCACCACUCGAUCGGCGGACACCAGGGUCCUAAGACGUCGCACAUGAUCCCCCCGCCCGUACCUGCUGCGCUGUCAACCUCGGGGCCAGGCCAGCACCACAAGGAACCCGCCGCUGCCAACGAACCGUCUCACCCGUUCGGCCAAGAGCUGGCACAGGUGACCGAGCUGGCUGAGGAGUAUGCAUCCGCAGCAGCAGAGAAGAAGCGCCCGGCGCCGACCAAGGAGGAACAAGAGCUAGCCGACCUCGGCCUUAAGAAGUUCUCUCCCGAGGACUACAUCUCUGAGAUCCAGGGACUCUUUGCAACAUUUUUCAGUGAGACGAGGCAUGCAAGGGCUCCGGCUCCUCAAUGGAUCUGA